AUGAAGUUUAUUUUAUAUUUUGUUCGUUCUGGUGGGUUUCACCAUCAUUUGAUAUAUGGUUUCCCACGUAGCAUAAAACCAUACUCUACUAUAUCUUCCUGUUUUUAUUCGGUUUUACCCCAAGAAUUUGUAGAUAAUACUUUUAAAUCCCAUAAAGUACAUACUAAAGGGUUUGCACCUAGUUUGUUUGUCUAUAACUCUGCACCACCGUAUGGAGGAGAAACUGCUGCAGCGAAUACCUCUGCCGAGUCUUGGCUAAGUGACUCAGGGACUACUUCGCCUAUAUCAAAACAGUGUAAUUUCAUGAAUCAAUCUAGUUCCUCUCCUUCCUACACAUUAUUAAAAGAAAACAUUAAAAAAACCUUUCUGACAAAUAACUCUUUAAAAAAUGGAUAUGGAUACAUGUUAAUUAAUAAUCACGUAGGAUGCAAAAACGACAAAACAUUGUUAAUGUCUUCACUGAAGAAGCAGUUCAUUUCAAUGCCACCAUCAUCCUCUUUAAUAGUGUCGCGAUGCAAAAGAACAUUUUUUGUAACGCGUCGAUUAUAUUCGACCGCGGAAAAUAUCGAGAUGUUUCCAAAAAAACGUCCCACCAAAGCGGAACUGCUUGCAAAUUCUAAUGGUUUUUUUGAUCGUUUAAUGAUUCGGAUUAAGCUUCUGUUAAUGAGACAAGUUCGCCCUUUUACAAUGGAAGACAUUAUGGCUUUGUUUUCUUGGGUGUUUGUUGGUAAUACAUUGUUUAUAGUGAUCGGGACUACGACAUUUGUUAGUCUUAUAUUGGCAGCAGCUAAUACACUUCGAUUUCAGGAAUUCAUUGCGAGACGGAUCGGAAAUUAUCUUACCAGAGAGACCGGAAUUACGGUAAUAUUUGAGUCUGCCAUUGUGCCGCAUUGGAGAGACGGCAAAAUCAGAUUAAAGAAUGUUUCUGUGAAAAGGCUUCCAUACAAAGAUUAUCAACUUCCGAGUCGCAUCGCAUUUGCAGAAUCGAAUAAAGAGAUUGAUACAACCUUGUCAAUGUUUGACUUGACUAUUGAAAUGAUUGAUGUUGAAUUAUCUUUCAUGAGAUGGCUGGAUGGCAAAGGAUUAGUAAAAAAUGCAACGAUGAAGGGUAUCCGCGGAGUGAUAGAUCGUAGUGAUGUCCACUGGGAUCCAUCUAUUCCUUAUAAUCCAUCAGAAUGGCGCCGAAAGCCACAGAAUGGAGAUUUCGAACUUGAAUCACUUCUAGUAGAAGAUUUAUUAAUCACUGUUUAUCAACCAGAAGGCUUUCGUCCAUACAAUGUUUCUAUCUUCACGGCUGAUCUUCGACAAUUUCGAAAACAAUGGCUCUUGUACGAUAUUUUAAGCGCAGAAAAUAUUGUUGGAAUGUUUGAUAAUUGCUUGUUUAGUGUGCAUCGGCCACAAAUGCAAAAGACUACCACCAAUCAAGAUUUGAGAGCGGCCAAUAUUAAGAAAAAGUCUUCAUUUCGAGUCGAUGGCUUAAAUAUUGAUCAUCUCAAUACUGGAGUCACUGGUCCUUUUGGUUGGAUUACAUCCGGUACAGUAGAUAUCCGUGCGGACGUGAUGUUUCCGAUUGAACCCAAUAAUGAUCCCAUUGUCAAAAUAGUCAAUGAUAUUGUGGACAAAAUCGAUAAUGUGGUAGUUCAACAACGCGCAUUUUCAUUCAUACGCAAUCACGGCGUUAAUAUUGAAUGUGAGCCUCAUAGUAAGGAUAAUUAUGACUCAUUAUCUCAACCAUCAGCGCCUGUUCUUACAUUGUCUUUUGAGAUGAAGUUUCAUGAUAUCAAAGCUAGCGUGCCAUUAAUGACUCCAGAUUUAUCCUAUAUGAACGCUGCAUUGAUAAGAUCAAUAGUCGCUUACAUGAAUAACAACAAAACAGUUAUAACGAUACAGGGUUUAAUCGUAAAACCAUUGAGCGACUUUGAUGGAUCGUGGACUUUGUAUGACUGUAGCUUAGUCAAUGAUUUUUCAAUUGAGAUUGGUAAAGGUUUUGCUAAUCUUACAAUGAACGCGCAAAAACGUAAUCGACAACUGAAACGCGUUGGAUUGUGGGGAUUACAAUCAAUGACUAAAAAUAUCGCAAAUAUUUGGGAUUAUGCUACAGGACAUCGAGGUUUUUGGCACUAUGUGGGAAAUAUGCCUAUAUAA